AUCCGCUCCACAGUACCAGCAGCGGCAGCGGCCCCAGCUGCGAAAAAGUCUGCCGUGCAGCGGCGGCCAUCAGUAGUUGCCUCAGAGCCCGCGGGUUGAAGAAAUCGUACGCAUCGAGCGAGUGACAAGCGCCGCGUCUCACCAAACAAAGAAAAGCAAAACCAGAUCCCCGAAAAAAAAGGAAGAAACAUAAAAAAAAGCUAAAAACAAAUCUUAAAAAAACAAAAACCCAAUUACAAAUUACAAAAACAAACAAUCCAUUGGAGAAGUUAAACUGAGACUUAAAAAAUAUAUAUGUAUAUUUUGUAAAAAGAAAAACAAAAACGAAACAAAAUGCUGCCACACAUCGCAGGCAAAUGAGCCCGCUAGCCCACGGCUUUCAUCUGCGGCUGCUGCAGAGCAGCGUGUCCGAGCCCGGUCCCGUGCCCGCAUCCGUAUCCGCAUUCGCAUCCGCAUCCGCAUCUGCAUUAGAAUCUCGGGCGGGGCGUGUACGCCGCGUGUCGCUGUGUGAGUGCCAGUGCCAGUUUUUAAAUAUAACGAAUCGCAUCAAAUUGCAGUGCAAGGCGUUCCCCAAUCGCAAUCCAAUAAACUAAAUCAUAAAUUGAGUUUCGUUUCCGGUUCCGGUACCGCCGCGCUUUAUCCGCUUUCUUAGCCAGUCGGUCGGUCGGUAGGUCGAUCGGUCGCCUCUUCAGUUCAGGCACAUUUUGUGUGUGCUGCUGAAAAAUUGAUGCCACAAGCAGUUGCAAAGGCAGCCCUGUAAUCCAUGCCAACAUUCAAGACUGCUAACUGGAAUUGCUUCAACCGAACACUAUCAACUCGAACAACAAGAACCACGACUACAACCAAGUGCUGCCAGCAACAAAAAACGUAAUCAGGAAUUUAAGCAAGCCGAAAAAAAGCAAACAGAAGAGCCAUCAAGGAAGGAAGCCGAAAACAUGUUUAUGGAAUUGUCAUCGUUAACGAGCAACUGACGCAACAGCUCAAGGCAUGUGGCUGCAGCAGCAACAGCAAUAUCAGUAUUGAGAGACAGCUCCAGCAGCAACACUUGGCCAGGAGCAACUGAGGGAUAGGAGUAGCGGGGCAACAAGACUCUGUGGGUAGGUGGUGUGCUGCUGUAAAGCAGCACCAUUGCUGCCAUUAAAAUAGACGCCGCGGCGCAACAGCAACGCUGCCGUCGUCACAAUCAGCGCCAGCGACAACACCAUCCGCACCAUCGCCAUCGCAGACGACGACGGCGCAGCAGCAACACCGACAGCGGCAACACCAGCAGCCUGUUGGGCAUAGUGGGCGUGGCCAGCAAUUGCCCUUUGCUUGCCACUCAGCAGUUAAUCGACGAUUGUGUCAGCAGCAACAACGCUGGCGACGACGACGGCGGCGUAACAUCAGCAACAACUGCAAUUGCAACACAGAAGCAACAGCAACUGCAAUUCUUCAACCAGCAACAUCAGCAACGAGGUCGACGGCGACGAUACGACGGUCUGUCGUCUGUGGGCAAUGCAACGCGCUGUGCAGCAACGGGUUGGACCUGGCCUAAGAUGGGUAGCGUGCUAUUCGCAGCUGUAUUCAUAGCAUUACACUUUGCCACCGGCGGCCUGGCCAACCCAGAUGCGAAGCGCCUCUACGACGACCUGCUGAGCAACUACAAUCGCCUCAUCCGACCCGUGGGCAACAACUCCGACCGCCUGACCGUUAAGAUGGGUCUACGGCUCUCCCAGCUGAUCGAUGUGAAUCUGAAGAAUCAAAUUAUGACAACCAAUGUCUGGGUGGAGCAGGAAUGGAACGACUAUAAAUUGAAAUGGAAUCCCGAUGACUAUGGCGGCGUGGACACGUUGCACGUACCCUCCGAGCAUAUAUGGUUGCCGGAUAUUGUGCUCUAUAACAACGCCGAUGGCAACUAUGAAGUGACAAUAAUGACAAAAGCAAUUCUUCAUCACACUGGCAAAGUGGUGUGGAAGCCGCCCGCCAUUUACAAAUCCUUUUGCGAAAUUGAUGUGGAAUACUUUCCCUUCGAUGAGCAGACAUGUUUCAUGAAGUUCGGCUCCUGGACGUACGACGGAUACAUGGUGGAUUUGAGGCACUUGAAACAAACCGCCGAUUCGGACAACAUCGAGGUGGGCAUCGACUUACAGGACUAUUACAUUUCGGUGGAAUGGGACAUUAUGCGAGUGCCGGCAGUGAGGAAUGAAAAGUUUUACAGUUGCUGCGAAGAGCCCUACCUGGAUAUUGUCUUCAACCUGACACUGCGCCGGAAGACUCUCUUCUACACAGUCAACUUGAUCAUUCCCUGUGUAGGCAUCUCAUUCCUGUCGGUGCUCGUCUUCUAUCUGCCCAGUGACUCCGGCGAGAAGAUCUCACUCUGUAUCAGUAUCCUGCUGUCGCUCACUGUGUUUUUUCUGCUGCUCGCCGAGAUCAUUCCGCCGACUUCGUUGACAGUGCCAUUGCUGGGAAAGUACCUGCUCUUCACUAUGAUGCUCGUCACGCUCUCCGUAGUGGUCACCAUUGCAGUGCUAAAUGUGAACUUCAGAUCACCUGUAACACAUCGCAUGGCGCCCUGGGUACAACGCCUAUUCAUACAGAUCCUGCCGAAACUGCUCUGCAUCGAGAGGCCCAAAAAGGAGGAGCCCGAAGAGGAUCAGCCGCCCGAAGUGCUCACCGAUGUCUAUCACCUGCCCCCAGAUGUGGACAAGUUUGUCAACUACGAUUCAAAGCGAUUCAGCGGCGACUACGGCAUACCAGCUCUUCCCGCCUCGCAUCGAUUCGAUUUGGCCGCGGCUGGUGGCAUCAGCGCCCACUGCUUUGGCGAACCGCCUCUGCCCUCCUCACUGCCAUUGCCCGGUGCCGACGAUGAUCUCUUCAGCCCUUCGGGUCUCAACGGGGACAUCAGUCCCGGAUGCUGUCCGGCUGCUGCAGCGGCUGCUGCGGCCGCUGCCGCCGAUCUCAGUCCUACGUUUGAGAAGCCAUACGCCCGGGAAAUGGAGAAGACCAUCGAGGGAUCGCGCUUUAUAGCACAGCAUGUGAAAAACAAGGACAAGUUUGAAAGUGUGGAGGAGGAUUGGAAGUACGUCGCCAUGGUAUUGGAUCGUAUGUUUCUAUGGAUCUUCGCAAUUGCUUGCGUGGUCGGAACAGCACUGAUUAUUUUGCAGGCACCGAGCUUGUACGACCAGUCGCAGCCGAUUGACAUACUCUACUCGAAGAUUGCCAAGAAGAAAUUCGAGCUGCUCAAGAUGGGCAGCGAGAACUCCUUAUAGCGACCACUUGGGUUCGCGGCCGGCUGGUGGAAUUUAAUCAUCAGCUCGCUGCGGACCCUGUUCGCCGCUCGCGAUGAUGAUCGUGGAUAAUAUACGAUGAGCCAGACCAUGAGUAUUUCGUCGGCGCUCUACAACACGAAUGCUAGCAGUGGCACUGACAGUAGCAGUGUCCUUGGCAGUGUUGUCAAUAGCACUGUAAGCUCCAACGAAUCGGAUAUCUCAUGGGGCACGUCGUAGAACGCGAGGCGAGUGAAGCGAACAUUGCGAAAUGAAUUGAAUUGAACUCAAAGUGGAAAGGAGGGCAGUUUUUGGAGCAGUUGAUCAAAAUAUGUAUGUAAUAAAAUGCGAAGAUGUAGUGUUGAUUAACCGCGACUGUGUCGGACAGUUUGGAGAACAGUUUGGCUCCGCAAGCCAGAAGAUCGACGAUUGUGGAGCUAGUAUUAGAUUUUAAGGGUUUUGAUGUACUUGAUUGCGGAUCGACGAAGACCGGGGUUCAGGUUGUCGGAGAUGAUCGCUGGGAGGAUCCCUGGACCUGUGUUGUAUAAAGCGAAUGGGGUUUUGUAAGUUAUAUUGUAUUUUUGAGCGCCAAAAAGUUCCUUGUUACAUCUUUUAGUUUUAAAGAUUCACACUCAAAAAAAAAAAAACAAAAAAAAGAAAGAAAACAAUACAAAAAAUGAAACCAAAACAAAGAAAAUGUUUUAAAAUUGCAUUUUAAAUUUAAAUCUGACUGUAUGUGUUCAGUAAAUGUGUGUCAGUGUGUGAGUUAAACAGAGUGAGUGUGUGCGUGCUAAAAAAUAUACAUAUGAAGAAUAAAAUCAAUUUUAAUUGUUUAUUUAUUUGUGCAUAUUUUUCACAUUAUUUUUAGCAAAGCAAGCAAACAAAUUACGCCCACACCGAGUGGGUCUAAUUAAAUUGCAUACAAAUUCAUAACUAUUUUUAAAGUAAAUAAAUUAAAAAAACAAACACGAUAAACUAAGUUUAAUUAGCGAGUAAGUCGUAAGUAGUUGUAGCUAAGCAAAUGUAGUAUUGAAUUAAAUUUAACAUUUAAAAAACGAAGCCCGAUAGCUUGCUGCAAUGCAACUCGGCUCGUAGGAAGCGCGAAAUUCUGAAAUAAAUUUAGUUAAAUGUUGAAAUAAGCGAAGUCGUCACAUUUUUAAAGCCACACACUUUUACUAACAAAUACACUGGCAAUACACCCCCUCCACAAACACGAAAACAACAUCCACAAAAAUAUAUAUUAUAUCGAGCAAGCAUACACAUAAAUAUAUAGACGUACGUAUUUAUAGGAUUGCAGAUAGUCAAAUCACAUAAAAACAAAAACACACAACAAUUUCAAUUAAAAACACACACACACCAUCAGACAAGUAACAAUAACUAAAGCGAAUUGGUAUUUUGCGAGCACUUUGUUUGUAUAAUUUGACGUAAUUUUAAUCAAUUAAAUUAUUUGGUAUAAUGCGAAUUCCACUUGCACUCAACUGUCGGAUUUCAUGGGAUGUUGAUUGUUCUCCAUUCCUUUCACCCUGCAGCUGUAGUUGUUUCUGUUCUGCAGCAGAUCCUUGCUCUUAACCCGCCACUGCUUCACUGCUCCACUGCUGUGUAGUUCUGUGCACUCAUUAUGCAUUCACCGGAGCAUGCGAAGCGUUCAGAAACCUUUGGCAAGUUCAAUUUAAAAUAAAACUUUUUAAUUACUUUCAACGGGCCACGCGAGUGCUGUUCCCGAGUUCUGGCCAUUCCAAUAGCUUCGGUCGAGUGCCGCACAGAAAACACCUUCAAUUUAAAUGCCAAAGCAAACGAAAGUUGCCACAAGGUUGGGUUGAAUGCCACGCCCAAUGCCCCUGACUCCAAACUCCCGGCCACCGCACACUCAUCUUUGCCUUUGCAUUUUUAAUUGAUUUUACAAAAGUUUUCGCCACCAAAGCAACAAGAAUAGUAAACAUUAUGCAAACGCGAAAACCGCCAACGGAUUCCACUAAGGGGGCUAUGAAAAAGGGCGCGGCAGCCCCUCAAGGCAUGCAACAAAUUAAGUGUGGAAUGUGGCAUGUGCAUGUUUCCACACAGUAACAAAAUAUAAUGAAAUUUAUAGUUCAAAAACUUCAAUUUAUAAAAGCUAAAUUUCUAUACCUAUCAUAUGGAAUAUUUUUAAAUUUUUUUUUUGCCUGAUAAUUUUCUACUUUUAAAGACUUCUAUAUUCUCUAUUUUUUCAGUGCAUAAGUCUGUUAUUCAGGCUCGUAAAUAGUUAAUAAUAGGUGUAAACAAAUGUGCACUAGCGAUUGGAACUUAUGCAUAAUAAAAUGGCAAGUAAAAUCCGCACAAAAUAUGGGCCAAGAAUGCCGCGAUACGUAAAACUGGUAACCCUGUGCAAAAUACCAGAGUUGUCAAGUUGGGUGUUGCUUAUUGUUGCCAGACGCCUGAAUGUAGCCGACUUUUCUGCGUGAGAAGCGGCAAAAGUUUAAUUAAAAUUCCUAAUCGAAAAUAUUCAACAUUUGCGAGUGUGAAUUAAUUAAAAUAGUUUUCCAAGCCAACGAUUGUGGCACAGUUUGCGCCUGAAACUGAAAGAGCUGAGAACCAAGUGCAGCGGAGAGAGUGGGAGAAAGGGAACUUUUGAUGAUAUAAGUUAUCCUUUUUUAUUUUAUUUGUUUCUUUUUACCAAACUAUAUACCAUUUUCAUUUGAAAUUCGCACUAAACACAAUAAACACACACAUACACUGUAGACUGUAAGGUAAAAAAGGAAACAUUUAAAAUGACAAUUUAAAUAGCAUGCCGUUUUGGGUGUAUUAAAAUGUAAAGUGCAUAAAAAUCAACAGUUAACAUUUUUUAAAUAUUUAGCUAUUAAAUAAACGUAAUAUAAAGCCUAUAAAAUAAACUUUGGAAUAUCAUAAAUCAAGUAUUUAAAUACGAGCGUAAACACUAAACUUAAAACACACACAAUUGUCACACUAAAAUUGAAACAACAAACUUAACACAGAAGGCGCAUUAACUAAAAGGUAACAACCAAUACACACAAUAUGCAAUAUCAAAUUAUUCUUGUGCAUCAAAUAUUGAAGUAUUAAACUGAGCUUAUAAAAUUUAAACGAAAUGAAAUGACAACAAAAAUGCUAAAAACAAACAAUUAAAACCUAUUGGACAGCAUUAUCGACUUCCGUUUUGAAAAACGAAUAUAAAAAGUCUGAAAACAAAAAAAUGCGAUAUACUAAAUGUACGUUUGAAUGCAUAGACUAUGAAAAAAAUACACAUAGCACCUUUUUAAAUGCAAAACAUUGAAACCGCAAAAAUAUACAAAAAAAUGAAAAACAAAAAAUUGAUGGCAACAAAUUGUUUACAGAGAGCAAAAAGUUAUUGAAUAAUAUUCCGAACACAACGUUUAAUUUAAUAUGCAAACUCCACCCCCACGAUAAAUAGCAACCUAAAUAUAUUUUUCAAUGCCUUUCCAUUGGCAAAUAAAAAGAUACCCUUUUUAGUGUGACCUGUAAAUAUUACGAUAUAAUUAUAUUAAAAUUUGCAUAGGCUUUAUCUAUUAUUUUAUAAAGCAAAUCUUUUUUUACACAAUUUAAAUGUGCUGAUUAUAAAUAUUCAAACUAAAAUGCGUUUUCGUUGCAUUAUAGGCUUCCUAAUUUCACAAUAUUAUGUACAAACUUCAAGCUAAACAAGUUUUUUGUUAUAGUUUUAGACAAUCAACUAAUGAAAUAUAUAAAAAAUCAGCAAAGCGAAAUGAAAUUGAAAACAAAGAACUAAUGACAAGUAAAUGGCGUAACUUUUCUGUGAAUAAAAUCAACUAAAUGAGAAAGAAUACCCUAAAAACAUAAUUGCAUAUUUAAAUUAAAUGUUUUUAUGGCAAAUCAAAAAGAGAGGAAAUGAUAAAAUGCUGGUGGAGGUUAGACAAAAUCCAUUUCAACAAAAACCAUUUUUGUAAAUUAUUUCACUUGGGAAAUCGACACGCUAAAGCCAAAUAUAAAUAAAUAGAGAAAUAAAUUAAAAACCGUUUUACUAACUAAUGCAAGACACGAGGAAAGAUGGAACUUGCGCGGAGACACUAGAGAAAACAAAAUUGAAUUAAAGUCAAAUACAUAGAAGUGUAUAUGCUCUCAUUGGUUGUGUUUUUAGGUUAUAAACAAAUAGGUUUGGCUAUGUGUGGGUGUGUAGGCGUGCAAGUGUGUUGGUUUCACACACACACGCACACAUGCAGGCACACGCGUUGCACGCAACAAACAAGCAAAGAGACAAACAAUCGUUCACUCAAUCACUCUAUAUGUCGGUCCUACGAUGCAACCUACGAUCGGUCAGACUCAUUGUUGUACAGUUCAUUUUCACAUUGAUUCAUAAAUAUUAAUAAUAAAUUUAACUAAAUUUAGCUACCGUAAAACCGAAUUAAUCGUGUUUAACUGUAUAUUAUGCUAAUAAUGUCAAACAUUUUGAAUUUGCCUUUUUAAAUCGUGCUCUUCAGUUCUCACAUUAGGUUUUUUUUAUUGAUUCUAGCUAAAUGUUUAGCCCGCUUGGUAUACAAAUUACAGAAAUGCUAAAUAAUUAGGUAAUCAUGAAGAAACCGUGUAAUUUAAAUACUGCCACAAAUAAGACGAAAUGGAUUGCAAAUAGAUCAUAUAUAAAAAAUAUACACAUAUUUAUGUAUGUAUGUAUUGUCGAAUUAUGAUACGAGUACGAGUAUUAAUGAUAUACGAACUAGUUAAGGGCAAACAAAUUCCGAUUGUUUCGAUGAGAAAAAAGAUUUCAAUACUCGUACAGUCACUCAACCUAGUCAAGUAAGGUCAGGACACGAAAAACGGGGCUCGAAGUUAACAUUGAGGCUAAGUGCUAACUAUAUAGGAAUAAAAAACAAAAUGAAGCAAAUAAGUUUCUGUACAUAGAAUAAAAUUAACCAAACAACCACACACACACACACCGCAAUGCAGACACAAACAGCACACAGUUGAAGCAGUUCAUCUCUGUAUAUAAUAUAUUAAAAUAUUUAUAACUAUAUAUUGUGAGGCAACCGCCGAUCCAAAAACGAUCGAUCAUCCAACAAGCGAAUAGAAUUUAUUUCAAGUACAAUUGAUUUUUCGAUUACAGUUACAGCAGACAACGAACUCGUGUACACACAAUUUGAUAGGAAACAAUCUUAGCUAAAGCACUGAAAUAUCAUUGAUUGAUCCAUUAUGAAAAUCACAAAACGAUUGAAAUUAAGAAAAAUGCCCUGAAACAAUAUGGAAUACCUUGAAGGACUUGAAAAUUGGUACUUUUUCUGAAUUCAAUAGGGGCAUUUGUUCGGAUCGUGUUUCAUUUUACAAAAACCGAAAGACAUUUUAAGGCCACUCACAAUUAGCACUAACAAAUAUCAUAAUAAGUUAAAAGCGAAAUAGUUAUUAAAGAAAAUAUAUUAAAACAAGCAACGUGAAGAACACAAAAGCAAAAUAAUUAUGAUGUAAACAGAAAAUUGAAAGUAUUUGAUAAAUAUGCGGCUUGACCCUGAGAUUCAAAAAACAUAAAAUCGUAUGUCUUCCAAUCAAAGGUCGUCUUUUGUAGCAAACACAACAAGAAUCAAAGUCUGCGUAUUGCUAAAGAAAACAAGAAAAGUGAAAAAUUGGAAGCAACUAUGGAGCUGGUUUAAUGCAGAAAUGCAUCACCUAUAUGAACACACACACCAUCAAACACUCGAAACACACCCACACCGCACUGCAAAAUCAUUUAGCCAAUAACCGUUGCAUACAUUUAGGGUUAACAGUAUCCACGGCAACAUUCAACCACUCUUCUCUUCCACUCUGUCCCAUUUCAGUUCCCAUAAACUAAUCAAGUACCUGACAAUAGAUGAACUACACUCUUUCACAAACUUCUCUGCAGACUACUCGUAGUCAGCUCAAGAUGUCUCGUCGUGUAGUUUAAGAAGCCAACGAUAUUCCGAUCCGAUUCGGCUGCUCAAUUUGCGAAAAUACAAGAUAUCACGACACUUAAAUUAAUCCAUUAAAACGGUUUCAACGACAGCUAAAAUCAAAUUUAGACACCGCCACACAUUCACGCAAGUCAGAGCCAAAGCAUCUUCUUCCCGGCAUGGUAUUUGGCAGUCAUGCAAUUAAUCGAAUUUGAAAUGCUUUCUAAUGCAUACUCGUAGACGAAGACUAUACGACUUUUGUAAGAUAUUUCCAUUUUCCAAUGCACAGACCACAUACAGCCAUCUAAUUUAAGGUCCCAGUACUCCCAGCUCACAGAAAAACAUAUAUUCCAAGGGUAGAAAUUUUAAAUCGAAUCGUUCAAAAGAACAUAUUCGCAGAUUUGCAAGCUGCACAAACACAUUCACACUGACACUCACUCACACCACCCGAAUACUCGCGAAUAUUAAUUGCUUGUGUGUAUGUGUUCCGUACGAAUCCGUGUGAAAGGCAUUGCAUGUGUGUGUGUGCGCUAGACGAAGCCAAAAUCAAAUGUGUAAAUUCAUAAAUUGUAAGCCACUCACUUAAUUAAGCCAAAUACUAACUAUAUACAUGUAUUUCGGAGUGCAUAGUGUUUAGAGUUAAAAAUUAUACAUGCAUUCACACCUGUGUGUAUAUUUUUAGUACUAAUUGUUAGGUGCCGAUAGUCUUAAGAGCUUCCGUUGCAAAUUUUUGUGUACAUUUUCUUUCAAUUCGUUCGAUCAAAGUAUAAAAACAAUUUUAGCAUCAAGAUUUUUAACUUCAAACAAACCAAAGAAAAUGGCAAAUCUUCAAAUCUUGCAACUCACUGGGGAAAACAACACCACGAAUAUUAAAGUUAAAGAUAAAACGCCCACGGGCUAAACUAACAACAAUUUGCUCAACAAAAAAUAUUAAAAAUAAAAAAAAAUAUAUAUAAAAAAAAAAAAUAAAAUGAUUAAUAUUUAAUAUACAUACAUAUACGCAGUAAACUAAAGCCAGAUAUAAAUAAAUGUAUGGUAAAAAAAUUUAGUUAGGCGUCCAAUGCGCUCACUAAAAAUUCUACACGAAAUCAAUUUUAACUAAAUUGAAAAUUUAGUUAAAUGGAAUCGCAUAACGUAAGUAAGCUAAGUUACGAUAAUCCAUGAAAAAAGUUAUGUAAAAUAUUUGCAACUAUAACAUAACGACAUCUAAGAAUAGGCUAAACAAACUUUGACACUGCAAAUCAAUGCAAAAGAUCGGCAACAAGCUAAUCCAGAAGAGAUUUCAAAUAAAUGUGACACAAUACUUAAGUUUAAAUGGAGAAAGCAUUGCAUUUACAUUUCACAUUAACAAAUGAAUACAUAACGAAUACAUGCAUAAAUAUAUAUAAAUAUAUAUACAUAAACACUAUAUAUAUUAAAUAUAUAUUCGAAACUCUCUUGAACAACAAAAAACAGCAAACAUAUUACAUAAAAAAACAAGAAAAAUUAAAUUAAAUUACACUCACGCUCAGCCAGAAAGCAAACAAUUGAAAGAAACAUUGAAUAAUUGAUCAAAACUCAACGGAAUAUUAAAGCAAAUUAACAAAAAAAAA